AUGUGCGUGGAGGGAGACUUUUACAGCUUCAAGGACAUCCCGUACGCUGAAGCUCCCGUAGGUGAGCUCCGGUUCCAGCCAGCAGUGCCCCGGACGACGGUCAACCGGACGGUGGAUGAUGGCUCCAACUCCCGCAUCUGCCACCAAGCCUCGGGAUCCUUCAUGAUCUACUCGAUAGCCCUCGUGGCCGCCACCAUUGCCGAUCAAUGCGAAGCCACGCCCGAUCCCGCGGCCGGUCUGCCGUCGACCAAUGCCCCGCAGUCGGAAGACUGUCUGUUGCUGGACGUCCAUGUUCCCCGGUCCGUCUGGAAACGACGGGAAACCGAGAAGCGCCCGGUCCUGUUCUGGAUUCAUGGCGGAGGGUACACGGAAGGGUCCAAGGUGCUGAUCGAGCCUGCCGGGCAGAUUUCGCGAAGCCUCCGCGAGGAUAAAGAGGGGUUGAUCAUUGUGACGAUCAACUAUCGGUUGGGAAUCUUCGGCUUUCCGCCAAAUCAAUACGGUGCAUCUGAAGUCGCGUCCAACGCUGCACUCUACGACCAACGGGUCGCCUUGGACUGGGUACAGCAAAACAUUCACCGCUUCGGAGGGGAUCCGGAUCAAGUCACGGUGAUUGGGGAGUCUGCCGGCGGCGGCAGCAUCAUAUCCCAGCUCGCCGCCUUUGGGGGCGCGGACGGCACGGCACCGUUCCAACGAGCUAUCCUGCAGAGCGCGGGGCUGAAACCGCUGCUCGAUACCGCGCAGUACAGCAAGCUUUAUGAUCAAUUCCUUAAUCUGUCCGGGCUGGCUGGGUACGAGGAUGCCGUUCAACUUCCUGCUGGGGAACUUCAGGCGAUCAACAAAGCGAUGGUGGCGCUGGGUCCUUUCGCGGACACGGUCUUUUCGCCCAACGUAGACGGGGACUUCAUCCCCGACUACCCUGCCCGCCUGCUAUACGAGGGCAAACUCGACCAAUCCGUCGACCUGCUCGUCGCCCACAACACCGGCGAAGGCGUCCUCUUCUCGGACCCGCGCGUCCAAGACGACGAGGGCUUCCGCGCCUUCUUCCGUAACCUGCUCCCCAACCUCCCCGAGGGGAUCGACGCGCUCGCGCAGGACGUGCUCGUCCUCGCCGUGAGCGAGUCGCUCUUCGACUGCCACGUCCUGGGGCUGAAUCUCGCCUACGGGAACCGGACGCGGGGCUACCUCUUCGACGAGUGUCCGGGGCUGCACGCCCAGGACGCGUCGUACAGCCUGUACAACGGGGAGACGAGCGACGUUUUUGGGCUGCCGAUCGAUGUCGUCACGGCGGAGACGAUGCAGGACUGGAUCGUGGACUUUGCGCUUGCGGGUACGGAGCCUGGAAGCGCGGCGCGGCGGUUACCUGUGUUUGGAGACGAGGCCAACAUUAUGAGAAUUGCCCGGCUGCAAGGUGUUUUACUCCCCAAGACCGACAACUCCAAGAGGCAGGAGGUGAACAUCGAGGACGACUCUUACCUCUCCAGCGACGUGGGCCGGGACCUAAAAGACCAGGUGCUCGUCUUUCAGCACCGGGGCAAGUUUCACGCGAUCGACCACAGAUGUCCUCACUCUUCCUACCCGUUGUCAAAGGGGAUUCCGUUCGAUAUCGAAGAUUUCGGCAUCGUUCUCAGCGCAGGUCUCACAUGUCCCAAGCACGGCUGGUCCUUCGACGUCCAUUCGGGCAUGUCUGACCGUGGACACUACAAGCUUGGGGUGUGGGAGGUACAGCUGCGUGACGUGGCUGGAGACGCGGCGGAGAGCACGGAACAGGAGGUUUGGGUCAGGAGAAAGCAGAGAAUGGGCUGA